UUCUUUAGCAACUUUAAUACUUUUUGGGAGAUUCCAAAGGUCUUGAGCAUGUAGUGCAGAAUCUAUCUUUAUUCCAAAAAAUUUAAUGUUUUCAGUCAAGAAAUUUGGAAGAACUCAAAGGUCAAAAAAGAUGGAAGAACUCAUGGAAUCUUACAAAUUAGCCGCAGCCUUCAACCUUUUUCGAUUCUUGCUUAAUUUCUUGAAAUUUUGGACUCGAUUCCAAUUGCUUUGUUUCAAUUUCGAUGUUGAUUUCAAAUUUUUGUGUGUGUUCAGAGCUAAUGGUGAAGCUUGCGGAGUUGUGUGGCUAUUCUGUUGAAUGCGGUGUCCAUUGCCGAACGGAGACUUGGAGACCUUGAUUUCCGUCAAGUUCGACGAGGAUUUGGUGAAUAUCAUAGAAGAGUACAGUCGAGCUUCUUCUCCCCCUCAUCCUCUGAUGUCCACUGCUAACGAAGAACCAUCUAACUAUUCAUACUCUGAUCGCAAUUGUUGAGAGUCUCAAGAGCAAUGAAGUUACGGUUGAAAAUAGCAUAAGCACCUCUACUGUUGUCUCGAAGCUGGAUGGCGAAGAUGGACGGAUUGUGUUGAAGGCUCAGUUGGUGAUUUUGCUGGGAAAGGCUGAAGAAGUCGAGGAGACUGCAGUUCCUGUGGUUGCAGCGUGAAGGCAUAUAUGAUUCAGCAGAGUUUGAGUUGAAACUUGGAUGAUGAGUAGUAGCUGGGUAAUUCAUUAGAAUAAUAAGGAUGUGUAUAUGAGAGACGGGUAUAGCACUUUGCUUCCUAAUGCAUGCUUUCUUACAUGCCCUUUGAUAUAAAUAAUGAGAUUUUUUUGUAGCUCACAGCUCUCUCUCUCUCUCUCUCUCUCUCUAAGGAUGUGUAUAUGAGAGACAAGUUUAGCACUUUGCUUCCUAAUGCAUGUUUUCUUAUAUGCCCUUUGAUAUAAAUAAUGAGGUUUUUUGCAGCUCACAGCUCUCUCUCUCUCUCUCUCUCUCUCUCUCAGCUCACAUACAGCACACAGAAACUACCACAUUGUUAGAAAAGCUGAAGAAACACUAGAAUUUAGUGAGUCUGAAACGUUGAGAUUGACAUUUACGGUUCUCUUUCUUUUAGAGGCUGGCAGAUAUCUGGAUCUGCUUCAAAUUUCAAUUUUUGUGCCCAGAUUUUAUUGCCCCGUACGGUUUGUGUUGUGCUAAAAGCAUGAUUGUUUAUGUUGGAGUGGUUUAAGGGAAUGUCCAACUGAGUUGGGCAAUUUCUGUUCGUUCUGUUAAGAUGAGCGUCUUUGGAGGUAUUGUGGGUAUGUUGUGUUUGUUUUUAUGAGAUUCUAAUUUGUUCCUCAUCGAUUAUCAACAGUUGAACAUCAAGGAUAUAAACAACAAAGCAGAAAGCAAGAUCAUAAAACAAUUAAUGGAGGGUGAAUUCUACAACUUCAUUAAGGUGGCACUGCCUUUUUCAUUUCUUGGCUCGGCAGCUUCAAGCUCCUACUCUUCGCUUUUGGCAAAGGCCCUUUGGCUUCACAUCCACCAAUCUCCAUUGGACGUUUCUUGGCCAUCGGUUGCCUUCCAAUUGAGUUCCAAGAAAACCCACCGCCAAAAUCCCCAAACCCCAAAUUUGAAACCUACCCAUCUCCCUCAAAAUCCCACCCAAAUGGCCAAAUGACCCAAAACCCACCUCCAAAAUCUCAAAACCCUAAAAUUGAAACCUACCCAUCUCCCUCAAAAUCCAAUCCAAAUCGUCAAAACAGAGAAAACCCACCUCAAAAAUCCCGAAAUUCUAAAAUUGAAACCAACCCAUCUCCCCAAAACGCCCGAAAAUUGCCCCUAAAUCAAGUAAUAAAGGGUAUACUUUUUGUCAUUCUAAUUGGUGUCCUUAAGUAUAGUGAGCACUUCCACCAAAAUCUCGUAUUGGUCCUUCAUUACUUGUACAUUUACCUUACUCUGGAAAAUUUACUGGCCAUUGUGACAAUAUUGACUCGAUCUCUGUCGGGUUUGGACCUCAAGCCACACUUCAACGACCCAUACUUCUCCACGUCGCUUCAAGACUUCUGGGGUCGUAGAUGGAACCUCGUGGCCCACAGCAUCCUGCGCUCCGCCGUGUACGAACCCACCUGCGACUACUCUGCAGGCGUCAUUGGCCGUUUGUGGGCCCCUCUGCCGGCUGUCCUCGGAAGCUUCCUGGUGUCGGGGCUCAUGCACGAGCACAUGUACUACUGCAUGGGGCGGGUGAGGCCCACGUGGGAGGUCACGUGGUUCUUCGUUUUGCACGGAGUGUGCUUGCCGGUUGAGAUCGUUUUGAAGAAGGCGUUGAAGGGCAGGUGCCGGUUGCCGAGGGUGAUCUCCGUGCCGUUGACCUUUGGGUUUAUUGUGGUGACCUCCUAUUGGCUGUUCUUUCCGCAGUUUAUUCGGUGCAAGGCUGACGUUAGAAUGAUUCAAGAGCACGGUGAGUUUGCCGCGUUCUUGAAGAAUGUACUCUGAUUAUCUUCAAGAAAAUUAGACAUAAGUUAAAGAAAAUCAUGGUUAUCAACUGUUCGAUUUUAUUUCAGGUUUGAAAUAGAAAGUAUUCUAACAAAAGUUAAAUGAAUAACUCUGUUGUAUUGAGAUCGUACGGUGAAUAAUCACAAUUUUCUUGCA